GGUUUGGGAGCUGAUAUCACACAUAUCGCCGACCUCCAAAAAGCUUCAACGACAAGUCAACAAGCCCACUGCAACCGGCGCUGUCCGCUCUUUAUAUUUGUAAUUUCAUUAUACCAUUCACUCUAUCGCGAUGGCAUCACGGCUCGUUCUAGUUCUGGGGGACUUAUUCAUUCCUGAUCGCGCACCAGCCAUUCCUCAAAAGUUUCAAAAACUCCUGAGUCCCGGCAAAAUCGGCCAGAUUCUAUGUCUGGGCAACCUGACAGACAAAGAGACAUUCGAAUUCCUGCGCGGCAUUGCCCCAGACCUGCAAAUCGUACGGGGUGACUUUGACGUUGACUCUCCGAACCUGGCUGUCUCAAAGGUCGUCACGCACGGAUCGCUACGGAUUGGAUUUACCCAUGGCCACACGAUCGUUCCGCCGGGCGAUGCGGACAGCUUGUUGAUUGCCGCGCGGCAGAUGGAUGUCGAUGUGCUGCUCUGGGGCGGCACGCAUCGGUUCGAGGCGUAUGAGCUGGAGGGCAAGUUCUUUGUGAACCCUGGUAGUGCGACAGGUGCGCUGAGCACAGGAUGGUGGGCCGACGGAGAGGAGCCCACGCCUAGCUUUUGUCUCAUGGAUGUCCAAGGAAACGUCCUCGUUCUCUACGUAUAUCAACUCCGCAAAGACGCCAACGGCGUGGAAAACGUCGCCGUCGAAAAAGUUUCUUUUAGAAAGAAUAGUAAUGGGUCGUCAUAACUUUUUGCAUCAAACCAUUUCUGUUUAGCCGCCUAGUCCAGCUCCCUCCCUUCUUCCUCCUUUUUAGUCGUUAUCUCGGUCCGUCCAACCAUUUCCCCCCUCUUUCGUCUAGCAUCAUAUCAGACUUGUUCACUUGCUCAAUUUUCAAUUUUCAAUUCUCUAUAAAAGAGAUCCUAUAUCCUGUUAAACCUACCUAUACUUAUCCGAUUCCCUUCUUCGCACCACUCUACCGCAUCUUACUUUUUUCUCCUUAGAUCCCUCCGCGCUUCUCAAGAUCACAUCCGAUAGCUCUGAUACUUCCUCGCAUUUCCAUGUCUUUAGUAUUUACCCCCCGAACAAUCAAUCCUUUGUGGUCUCACAAUGUAAAUCUACCACUGCGCCCAAGAAAAGACAAGUU